AUGCAUACCUUGCGUCCUCGAUGUCUGCGUCUGGCAAGCACGCACAGGCUUGCAUCAGGCCUGGCUGGUCUUGCGCAGGCGAAGGAAGAGGCUGCAAAAACAGCGGAAUGGCCCACGGCUUUCAGAGCUGUUUUGCCCUUCCUGGGCCUGGCCGGAGCAGGAACAGCAGCCCACGCCUUCUACGAUGGGCUUUGGGUUCCGCUCCUGCGAGACGGCCAAUCUGCGGAAAAGGCUGCAGAAGAGACUCAACCUCUUCUAGACACGCAUAUGGCUGCCACUGCAUUGAAGCAUCUGGAGGGUGGCGAGGUGGUUGUGGUGGACGGGGUGCUUUCCGGCUCACUGCUGGCUGACCUCCAGCGCGAUUUGCAGUCAUUGGCUUCGACUCCCGGCGGCCUGCUCCCCAACCCCAAAGUUCAGGCCGGAAACAGCGAGGUUCGCACGGAUCGGGUCUGCUACCUGCGGGAUCCGCAGUCCUUCUCUCCGUCGGAUGAAACAGGCCAGGUGCCGCUGGGCGGAGCAGUGUUGCAACUUUGCCACCGACGGCUGAGGGCAACAGCCCUGGUGCUGGAAACAGGCUCCCGAGAUAUGUCGCGGAAGCGAACCUUCGUGGUGCCUGCGUGGACACAGCUAGCUCAGUACACAGACGGCAGCGGCUUCUACAAGUGGCACACGGAUGGACUCGAGCAGGGAUCUGGGUUCAACCCUUUUGGCUGGUACUUCUGGCUCCAGAGGGGUGCAGUCAGGCGAAGGUCUAUCACUGCAAUCCUGUACUUGAAUGAAGAGGACUGGCCCAGCGUGGCCGGUGGAGCCCUGCGCUGCCGUGCGACGGUGGCUGCACUCCGGGGCCCACAACCACCGACCGCUGACGGCGUGGCGGAGAUUUUGCCGAAGGGAGGGCGAUUGGUGCUUUUCGACUCCCACAAGAUCGAGCACGAGGUGGUCGCUACAAGACGCGACAGAUGGGCUUUGACCGUUUGGCUCCAUGAAUAA